AUGGCUGGCGAUUCGGUCGAUCAAAAGCGACAACCAAGUUCUGGAGAAUACAAUGCGCCAGACGAUUAUGCUGAGCUUGGCGACAUAACUCAGCCACCGAUUCAAAGGGAGGCCCUUGGCGAAACCACCAAAACAACAGCUCAAUCGGCAACACGAGCAGAACGGUACGAUUCUGGUACAUACGACGCCCCACAAGAUUACAGUAACCUCGAUGAGACAGAACCUGUUCCUCCUCUACAAGAGCUCUCGCCACGUCCUACCCAGGGCCAACCCCGAGGACACGCCAACUUUGUCCGCUCUGAUACCCCCGUCGAACCAGAGCCUAUACCACAAGAGGCAGAGCAGAAGAAGACGUCAGAAUUGCUCACAAGCCUUUAUACACACUCGUAUCUCGUUCUCUUUGCGAUUAUCGGAACAUUAGCCCGUCUAGGAUUGACUGCGUUAACUCGCUACACCAGCACUCCCGUGAUCUUCAACACGAUAUGGGCCAAUUUUAGUGGAAGUGUUGUCAUGGGAUUUCUCGCAGAAGAUCGCAAGCUCUUCCGCAACGAGUGGGGAACUCCAACCUACGACGAAGCUAUCAAGCGGGCCAAGCAAAAGCGAAAAGAUGAAGGAGAUAGAUCUGGUUCGAGUCAGCAGAUGGACGUGGAUCUGGACGUGGAUUUAGACGCGGCAAAGCGAGCGCAUCUUGCGACCAAGAAGACGAUUCCUCUCUAUAUCGGAUUGGCAACGGGCUUCUGCGGGAGUUUCACGACGUUUUCGAGUUUCAUCAAGGACGUAUUCUUGGCUCUGUCUAAUGAGUUGAAGACGCCUGGGUGGUCAGAAUCGCCAACGAGUCGCAAUGGGGGCUAUUCCUUCAUGGCAAUGCUGGCCGUCAUCAUCACCACUGUGUCGUUAUCACUUUCUGGCUUAUUCCUAGGGGCUCACCUGGCUAUUGGUCUCGAGCGCGUUACGCCAUCGAUUCCCUUCUCGUUGAGUCGACGGGUGCUUGAUCCUUUGGGCGUGCUUCUUGGCUGGGGCUGCUGGCUUGGUGCAGUACUUCUCGCCAUAUUCCCACCACAUAAUGCCUGGCGUGGUCAAGCCCUCUUCGCGCUGAUCUUUGGACCAUUGGGCUGCCUACUACGCUUCUACCUGUCUCUCUACCUGAACGGAAAGAUGAAAACAUUUCCUCUGGGAACAUUCACUGCCAAUGUAUUUGGCACCGUGAUACUAGGCAUGUCGUGGGAUCUCGCGCAUGUGCCGCUUGGCGGAGUCGUCGGUUGCCAGGUGUUGGAGGGCAUAGAAGAUGGUUUCUGUGGAUGUUUGACGACUAUUUCAACGUGGGUUGCUGAACUUAGCACUCUGAGACGGCGGAGUGCAUGGAUUUAUGGCACGGCGAGUGUUGUGACGGCUCUAGUAUUGAUGAUUGCUGUCAUGGGCGGGUUGCGUUGGAGUGAUGGAUAUAGCAAGCUGCUAUGCACAGUAUAG